AGCAAUACAUCAGAGCUGUAAUCAGAUCCCGCAGAUACGGGCCUGCCUUCUGUACUGCCUGCAUGCCUCCGCUGCGUAUAGACCGUGAGAGGAAACAGUGGGGAGUAGCCGGGGGGAGUAGCCGCGCUCGCAGCGUUCAUUCUUGCUCAACACCACAGCAUUCUGCACAUCGGCGUUACUAAGAGAGCGCAGCCUCUCAUUGCAGGGAGGGACAAUGACCAGAGUGGCAGCGGCAGAUCGAAGAGGACUCAUCAGAGAACUGGUUUCACUUCACUCUGCUUCUAUUUCUGCAUCUGAACCUACGGAAACAUGAGGAGGAGAUCUGAAACUUUCUAAGUCGUCUUUUGGUUUAGGAUUCUUUUUGUACUGACUCAACUCAAAGGAAAGUCAAAUGUGGAUUUGUUGAUAUACAAGUCGGUAGGGUUGAGAAUCACAACGCCAUGAUGACCUCCACUUUCACGACCCCGAACACCUCAAAGGCGUGUAACACCAGCGAAGAGGUGGACGACAAAAUGCUCCAGACCCCGCUGGCCGUGCUCUACUCCAUCAUCUUCAUCCUGGGUCUCACCGGGAAUCUGGUGGCUCUCUGGGUUUUCUUCUUCGUUCACUCCAAGAAGAACUCCCUACGGAUCUUCCUCAUGAACCUGGCGUUCGCGGACCUGCUGCUGGUCGUCUGUUUGCCGUUCAGGAUCCAGUACCACCUCCAGCAGAACGAGUGGGAGCUAGGGCACACGAUGUGCAAGCUAGUGGGCUACCUCUUCUACAUGAACAUGUAUGUCAGCAUCACCCUGCUGGGGCUGAUCAGCAUCGACCGCUACCUGAAGAUCUACGGCAGCGAGCGUACUCGGCAUAAUCUGAGCUCCCCGAGGUGGAGCAUCGUCGUCUGCACCAUCAUUUGGGCAGUGGCCCUGGUUUUCAUGAUCCCAUUCGUCCUUGAAAGCAAUGACAAAUGUGUCAAUGCGAAAAGGUGUUUCCACUACAAGACAAUUCCGCAGGAAGGCAUGCUGAAAGCACACAUCAACAUCUUUGUGCUGGUCGUCUUCUGGUUGGUCUUCGUCUCUCUGGUGUUGUCCUACGGAAAGAUCGCCCUGAAACUCCUGCGGAGGUCGCAGCAGAGACCGGACCUGCCCACAGCCCCCCACUACAGUCGAGUCGCUCGCAACUCCUUCUUUGUCCUGUUUCUGUUCGUCGUCUGCUUUGUCCCCUAUCACGUCUUCCGGGUCUUUUACAUAAAAACCCAGAUCACCAAGGAGACCUUGGAGAUGCGCAACUUGGCUGACAAGUUCAACGAGAUUUCGCUGGUGUUUUCCGCUCUCAACAGCUGCCUGGACCCCGUCAUGUUCUUCCUGCUGUCCGCCUCGGUGAGGAAGGAGGUGCGUCGCUUCAUGUCGAGUGUGUUUUGCACCCGAGACAUCAGCGGAACCAGCGGGGCUAACUCCAGCACCGAACUGGACAGCAGGAGCGACAAGAGACAGUCGAAUGCCCUCGACAAUAUGAACGAGAAAAAAGAUGUUUUAUAAAGCUCCAGCUGAGCUGGAGAAUAAGCAGAACCAGAGACUUAAAAACUGGGACUCCCAGUUUUUGUCUUCAACUUUGAAAAAUUCAAUGUGGGGACUGACGGGUAAGGCAACAAAGUUUCUCCUCUGUGUAUCAGGAGCCUGGCGGGUCAUCAGACUUUACUUGUCCCCCCAGCAGGCUAAGCGCCAUUUAUUUAUUUUAAAUAGGGUUUGCUAUAUGCCAAUAACAGUGAAAGUAAAGACAGAUAAAGUUCUAUAGUUGACGCAUUGAACUGGGUGACCACCUGCACCUGCCUGUUGGCCUCACACACUAUUACUUCCAACUUAUGAUGCCUGCUUGUGCACCUCCAAAUUUUUGUAACUUUACAAGUUUUUAAACACAAAAGCAUGUUGGGUUGCUGGAGGACUGCCCUGGUGCCCCUACCACCGGGUUUAGAAGGUUUUCUGGGGGAAACUCUGCAUGUAGCCAAAAAUAUUAGCACAAUUUAUGCAUUUAUUGCUAGUAUAACUAUUUAUAUACAUAUAUAGGGAAGGAGCAUGAUGUAAUGUGUCUUGCAAAACUAUUUAAACCCCUUGACUUUCACAAUUCAUCACAUUACAAAUGCAAAAUUAAAUGUACUGUAUUUGGAUUUUUGUGUUUCAGACGUAUGGAUGCGUUUAACAGCCAGAGGCACAAAUUCAGGUGCAGAAUCUCAUUAAAAUAAAAAGUUUCUUGUUAAUAUAUAACAAGAUUUACAAGUCAUUAAAACUAAAAUAGGCUCUCUUUUAAACAGGGAAGUUUGUACCAGUCAAGUUUGUACAGCUAGAUAUUUAGGAGAAACAAGAGUGAGAAGAUUGAGUCAGAGGGAGAUCCUAAGUCAUAAUCUGUCAGAGAAACAUAUUUUUAUACCUUACUGUAGCAAAACUUUGUCGUUACAACAAGAUACUUCUGAAUUGAUGGCAAGUGAACACUUCCAUACAGACCAACACAAAGCAGUGCAUAAAUGUGGAGCAAAAUGAAAAGGAGUCAUGGUUUUCCAUUCAUCCAUAAUCUAUACCCCUCAAGGCAGGGAAAGUGUUUACUUCUUCUUAAAUAAAAAUCUGAAAAUGUGGUGUACAUACUCAACCCUCUUGACUUCCCCUAAAUCCACUGAAACCACAGUAUAAAUCAUAGUAGCCUCUUUUACUAAAAUUCACUUACUACAAAGAGCGACUUUUAGAUUUUGAACUCUACAUUACAUUUUACUAAGUACAAGUUAUAGCCAUCUAUUAAGUUGACCAUUUAAGAAAUUUGUCAGAUUUGUAGGUGUUGAUUCAACUUGAAGCACAAGUUGGGGAAGGAAAGAGAAAAAAAAGGCGAGAAAAUAAAACUUGGAAGUUAUUCAUCAUGCUGCCCAUUUGGAAAUUUGUCUGAUUCGACUGAACUUGGAUUUGCAAGUCAUCAAUUUGAAAAAAGGAGAGGAGGAAAUAAAAAGCAUACGAGGCAUUUGCUGUAACUUUUGAGUCAAACAAUCUUCCUUAAACCAAGGGAACCCUGAAGAAUGGGAAUGUAAAUAUAUACACUGCAUAUUGGUCAUAUACUAAAAAGGGCUUAUUAAUCAAAGCAGCCGUUUUAUUUUUUUAUUAUGUAUAAUAUGCUUCUCUGCCCAGGGCGAAGUGGCCUGGGGGCGUCCAGAAGCCAAAACAUUUCUUUAAUGAGCCUAAAGGAGUUUUCUUUAGCUUAGUUGCAUGUUCAUCCUCUGUGUGAUGAUGCUGAAGUUGAUUGUCUGUGUUUUAAAAAGUCUGUGCUGCAUUUAUCAGCCUGUAGUUCCAAAUUUUAAAAGUUUACGCCAGACUGAGCAGGAAUGAGUUCAAUCCUGAGCUGAGUUUCAUUAACUCUUUAUUUUAUUAGUGAAAACAGAAAGGAAACUUUUAUGGGGGCGGCUAUAAAAGGACCAGUGGUCAAACCUGGAUUUAAUAAUUGUGUAUUUAUUAGAGAUGCUUUAAAACACAGGUUGUGAUUUAUUAAAAGCUUGCUCUGUAUGGUAGAACAAUAGAGAUUAUUAAAAUGCUCUCAGAGAUCUGCUCAGAAACAUUUGUCUCCGUCCAGUCUUCAAUCCAACAAUCAAAAUAAAUGUAGAUACAAUCAAUGUUUAGUUGUUUUGUUCCCCGGUUUGGACGUUGCCAGGGAGGGAGCAGGAGGUUGUGUUUAGGUUAUUAUGGGGCAGCAGAAUGGAGGAAGGGUGAUUGAAAUGUUAUUUAUUAUUUAAUUAGGUUACUCCUCUGAAUAAUCAUCCAGGUUUGUUUAAGAGACUCUCACUAAGUCUGAGAAAUGAGGAAAGACUAGAAGAGAAUCAUGUAUUUCAUCAUAUAAAAUGCAAUAAACAUUUGAUAACUACAGGAAUCAAUAUACAUGAUUGCUGCUAUUUGCUGUUUUAUUUGAAGUGAUUUGUGUUUCUGAAGUGUGUGCAGUUGACCUCUUGACCAGAGAACCCAUGGAAAAGACACCCCAGUGUCAAAGAUUUGAUGUGUUCAUUUAUUUAUCUGGUUAAAUAAAGGACCAUAUUCUUCAGUAUUGGUAGAAAACUGACAAGGUGAGGAUCAUAUUUCAUAAAGACUGAAUAAACAUCUAAAAACAUCUUUUUACCAAAUGCAAAGUGAUACUCUUCACCACUGACUCCUUCUGCAGUGCUUCUGAGCUGGAACAUCAUCGCCCCCUUCAGGACGAUGGUAGGAUGUUACAGAAAUUCCUCAGCUUUCACUCACCCAUGAUGCACUAAACCCAUUUUUAUGUUCAGUAAAUGUAACUCAUUAGUUCAAAAUGGAACAGUGGAGAAGCAGGACAGACACGUGAACCACAUAUUUACAUUCACUCGAUAAAAACCUCACAGCGUUUUCUGUUUUAGGUCAAUUAGAAUGAACAAUCUUGUGCUUAUAUGCCUGUUUCAAGGCUAAUGAGACAUUUUUACAUGUUUUUUUAAAUAAUUUUUUUAUAUUGAGAAGUUUAUAUACAUUUCCUAAAUAUUCAUAAGAAUAUCCUUUAAACGCUGUGAUUUGGGUUAAACAUUUUGGGGUCCUUCGGGCAUCUGGAGAUUGAACCUAAUAGUAAACCAAACAAGUAGAGGUUAACAGUUAUCUUCUUUAUUUUAUCUUAGAUUCUCGUGGUGUCACAGGAAGUCACAUGCUGAUGUAGUCCCUUUAAAUAUGCGCCUCCAUUUAACCGCAGUGUUGUGAAAUACAGUAAGUGAUCAGAAGUAAUGGUUACAGGUACAUGACAGAAUCUGUGUGUAGGAAACCAUUUGUCUUUCAAAAGAAUUAAAAACUCACAUUCAUUAUUCUGGGUAAUAAUACUAAAACCUGCAAGAUGAUAUGCUCAUAUAAAUAAUUCACUAGGGGGAGACAACAGAAAUGGAAACAAGGAUGUUAACAAAAGGAAGAGUUGAGAGAAAAUAAACUAAAUAUAAAUGAUAAAAACAGAAAGUUUGAGCUGCUGUGUGUAACUUCUACAACCAAUCAGAGCCAGGAGGAGGGGCUUAGCGCUGUCAAGCCUUACCGUGGAGCCGCUGCUAAAUGUGCUAAAAAAAAAAGCAAAUUGCUGUUCCAAGAAAGCUGACGAUUAAUGGUCACGCUACCAGCAAGGAGCUGUAGAGUAGCAGAGAGCAAAGAGGGAGGAUGUGAGAAGGGUGUACACAAGAGUGAUCGACAGUGCCAGGCUCUGGUUGUUUCUGACCGAGCCGUGUGUUUCCACAGAUGACAAUAAGACCACAGGGAGGCGGCAGAAGAGCUCAACUUCUUCACAGAUUAUUUGUCUCAUAUUAUACUGCCAUAAUAUAGAAACACUUUAAACAAAUAUGUAAAAAACGAUGUUUUUGUUACAGUUACACACUGCAGCUAUAAAAAUGUGCAAAAAUUAAUAUUAUUUGAUUAGAAAAAUACUAGUAGGGACAUUUGAAAUGUAUUCUUAAAAAAAAAAAAAAAAGGAAAAGUUACUAUGAAGCAAAAGAGAUUCACUGACGUCUGGGGAUGUUCGGGCAGCUCAGAGCUGAAACAGAGCAUCUGAUGAAGAACACAAGUUCUCAGAACAGCAACAUUUCUGAAGGGCUGCUAGGAGAACCCUUUUUCUAAGGAAGAGCUUUCCUGGGUUUUUAGCCCUGUGCUCAGAAAAAAA